AUGGCCAUCUUAAUAAUGUCUCAUAAUGUUAAAAACCCGGUAAUCCAAGAAAUGUUUCAGCAUUCAGGUGAAACAGUGAGUCGUCACUUCCAUAGUGUAUUGGCAGCACUACAAAUAUUUGCUCAAGAGAUGAUACAGUCACCUUCAUUUGAAGAGACACCACCAGAGAUCAAAUCAAAUCGAAAAUAUUUUUCGUUCUUUGCAAAUUGCAUUGGAGCAAUAGAUGGAACACAUAUGCGUUUUCCCGUUCUGAAGAUGAUGCCUCAGUAUAGUUUCAAGACACAAGUUUUGAUGGUAAUUGCCUGUGUAACCAUGCACAGCUUUAUUAGAAAGCAAACGACAUCAGAUUUGCUUUUUGAAAAAACAGAGAGGGGAGAGUUGGAUAAUGAAGAAGAUAGUGAUAAUGAUGAUGAUGAGGUUGUGAACAUUGAAAAUGUGGUGGGUGGCUCGCAGCAACAGCGAUGGGAAGCAUAUCGGAAAGAAAUUUCAAAUCAAAUCGAGGAAGCUUAUCGCGAUUGA